AUGGGCCAGACGUACGGUGUCGAAGGUGGCAAAGAAAAUGCCGUGGAGGCCGCAAAACUGGUGAUGAAUCGUGUAAAGAACCGGCUGGAGAGCUUUGAAAUUGGAAACGAGCCAGAUAUCUUCUACCUGGUAGGGCAUCGCCCUGAGAACUACUCGAUGGCAGAGUAUGUGAGCCAAUGGAAUGAGUACGCCGAUGCUGUGAGUGAGGAGGUACUCAAGGGAAACCAAUAUGGGCUUGAGGAGAGGAGGUUUUUCCAGACUGGGACGUUUGCUGGAGGAAAAGGGUGGACGGUGCAGAAGCUUCUAGAUGCUGGAAUAGACCGGCACAAACACACAAAGUCUGUCUCAGUUCAUCACUACGAUGGCGUCGGCGAGCCCUGGAUUCGCCUCGGGUCCUCCCUCAUGAACCACACUAACAUAGCUUCGAACGUCUCAAGCCUCGUUCCCAACAUCAAAGCCUCCCGCAACUGGACACCCUCUCUGCCUUUCAUCCUGGGCGAAACCAACUCCGAUGCGUCUAAUCUCAAUUUCACCCAAGUUAUCGGCGUAUUUGGGUCUGCACUGUGGCUCAUCGAUCGCACCUUUCUUUCCAUGGCCGCAAACAUGCGUCGUCAGAACCUCAUCCAAGGCACCACCUUCGGGUACACAGCUUGGGUUCCUGUGUCGAGAGAUGGACGUGAACCGUAUGUGCGGCCGCCCCUGUACGGCCAGAUCUUCACCGCUGAUGCCGUUGGUACACAUUCUGAAGUACAGGUGUAUCCAAUGCCGGCUUCAAAGCCUAAGUUCGUGUCGCAUGCUAUCUACGAAGCUGGGAAGCUUGCUAGAUACGCUCUAAUCAAUUUCGACGAGUGGAACAGUACGACGCCAUAUGAGCGUCCGUCGCAGAGUGUGGAGCUAGCUGUGCCAAGAUACAUACACAAGGUUCAGAUUGAGAGACUUACCGCGAGCGGCGCAAGUGCAGACGAGGGCAUCGAAUGGGCAGGCCAGAGCUGGAAUUAUACGGAUGGAAGAUUGGUUCGGCAUGGGAAGCAUAUAGUCGAACAUGUGAAGGCCAGGAAAGGAGCUGUUAUGCUGAGCGUAUCGUCUACGGAAGCUGUCCUAGUGACGCUCAAACAGCGCGCAUGGUCGUAG